AUGAUCUCAGAGGCAGGACUCUCAGGUUCAAAGCCCGAGAAGACUCCAAUGGAACAGAACUUGAAACUUACAAGCACAAAAUUUGAUAAGAUUGUGAAUGGGAACACUGAUGACAGUGUCUUGGAGGACAGGAGUUCUUUUCAAAGACUGGUUGGCAAGCUUCUGUAUUUGACAAUCACAAGACCUGACAUUACAUAUGUAGUGCAAUAUCUAAGCCAAUUUAUGUAUGCUCCAAGAAGUCUUAUUAUGAAGCUGCACUACAUUUUAUGCGAUACAUCAAGGAUAAGCGUGGACUUGGACUUCUCAUGUCAAGAAAUAGUACAGAAAGAGUUCAGGGAUAUUGUGAUUCAGAUUGCGGAUCAUGUCCUAUGUAUAGGAAGUCAAUUACAGGCAAAGAAGCAGACUACUAUCUCGAGGAGCUUAGCUAAAGACGGGUACAGAAGUAUGGCACAUACAGUGGCAGAGUUGACAUGGUUGAACGGUUUACUGAAGGAGCUAAUGGUAGAUAUUAAAGAACCUAUGGAGCUAAUAUUGUGA